GUUACCCAAUUUGCUCUACAGGCGGAAAAAGAGCUGAAACAGAAAGAAAACAGACAAAAAGUAGCAAGCUAGCUACGUUCAUUUCUGAAGAAAUUAGGCAGUGUACUUAGCUCGAUAUUAUUUUUUAGCAAUACGCCUUUGUAUUUGCGUGUGCCCUGUGUUCAUCCAAGCCUGUCCACAAAGAUAACAGACGGGUCACAAAUUGAACAACCAGGCAGGAGGUUGAGCUAUGCAAACGCCUGUCUUUUCCGACGAAAGGAGAGGGCAUAUGAUUACUUUAAAUUAGCUAGCUAGCAAGCUCACCAUAAUUUUCUUCGUCUUGUGAGAUUUGUGUGGUUAUUACUGUCUUUAUUCGAGAACGAUAGAGAUAGUGACCACGGUAGUUGCCUAAAUACGUGCCCAGGAAUUAUCAUUCAUUGACGGCCUCCAAGCCCCGGGGCUCUCCCCCGGCCGGCGACAGAAGCAUGGCAGGAAAUCCGAGGAGAGGCGCGGGUCUCAUCGGCUUGAUGAAGGACGCAUUUCAGCCCAAUCACCAGCCUCUCCAGCCUCCCCAACCUGCGGUGGUAGACAAGAAAAUGGUGGAGAAAUGCUGGAAACUAAUGGAUAAGGUGGUGCGUCUCUGCCAGAACCCUAAGGUGGCCCUGAAGAACAGCCCCCCCUACAUCCUGGACCUGCUGCCAGACACCUACCAGCACCUCCGCACCAUCCUGUCCCGCUACGAGGGCAAGAUGGAGACUCUCGGGGAGAACGAGUACUUCCGGGUGGUGAUGGAGAACCUGACCAAUAAGAUCAAGCAGACCAUGAGCUUGUUCAAGGAGGCAAAGGAGCGCAUGUAUGAGGAGAACUCUCAGCCCAGGCGAAACCUGACCAAGCUGUCACUGAUAUUCAGCCACAUGCUGGCUGAGCUAAAAGCCAUCUUUCCCAAUGGCUUAUUCCAAGGAGACAACUUCCGCAUCACCAAAGCUGACGCCGCUGAGUUCUGGAGGAGGUCUUUUGGUGAUAAGACCAUUGUUCCAUGGAGGACGUUCCGCCAGGCUCUUCAUGAGUUCCACCCCAUCAGCUCAGGCCUGGAGGCCAUGGCUCUCAAGUCUACCAUCGACCUCACCUGCAACGACUACAUCUCCGUCUUCGAGUUUGACAUCUUCACCAGGCUCUUCCAGCCGUGGUCAUCUCUCCUGAGAAACUGGAACAGUCUGGCUGUCACACACUCAGGGUACAUGGCCUUCCUCACCUACGACGAGGUCAAAGCCCGGCUUCAGAGGUUCAUCCACAAGCCUGGCAGUUAUAUCUUUAGACUGAGCUGCACUCGGCUGGGCCAGUGGGCCAUUGGCUACGUCACUGCAGAUGGGAACAUCCUGCAGACCAUCCCCCACAACAAGCCCCUCUUCCAGGCCCUCAUUGACGGAUACAGGGAGGGAUUCUACCUGUUCCCAGAUGGCCGGACCCAGAACCCAGACCUCACAGGGCUGUGUGAGCCCUCCCCACAGGACCACAUCAAAGUCACACAGGAGCAGUACGAGCUCUACUGUGAGAUGGGCUCCACAUUCCAGCUGUGUAAGAUAUGUGCAGAGAAUGACAAGGAUGUGAAGAUCGAGCCCUGUAGCCAUCUCAUGUGCACCUCCUGUCUCACUGCCUGGCAGGAGUCGGAGGGGCAGGGCUGUCCGUUCUGUCGCUGUGAGAUUAAAGGCACGGAGCCCAUUGUGGUGGACCCCUUCCACCCCAAGAACAAUGGCAGCGGGGCCUCCUUCGCCAGCUUCCAGGGGCCCUACGGGGCGGAGGGAGGGGGCUCCCUGUCAGUCUCCCCGAGCAAUGACGAGGACGAUGACGAGCGCCUGGAGGACCCCCACCUCAACAUGAGCAGGCUGGCCUGCACCAAGUUAGAGCGCCCACCCUCCCCUGUGACGCCACUGCCCCCCGUGCCCCCCCGGCUGGACCUGCUGCAGCCGAGGCCCCCCAGCUCCCCAGGGGCCCUGGGCCAAGGAGCCACACCCAAGAUUGCAGCCCUCCACAGAGACAAACCUUUGCCUCUCCCUCCUGCCCUGCGAGAGUUACCCCCACCUCCCCCACCCGAGCGCCCCUCUCCCCUUGGGCCCCCAGAGGGCCGGCUCCAGAGGAGACCCCUGCCAUGUACACCUCCGGAGCCCAACUGGGCCUCCAACUACAUGGUUCCCCGGCCUGUUGCCAAUGCCCCCCCACAGACCAACGGACCCAGUGACAGUGACUGCAUCCCCAGAGCAAAGCCGCUGGCAGCGACCAACGCUAUCUACUCCCUGGCAGUCAGGCCUCCUCAACGGGCGUCUACUGGUGAGAAGUCGUCUGGGAGUGACGAGGAGAACGAGUACAUGAGCCCCACCUCUCUCCCUGCAGGAGGACCCUCCUGGGCCAUGGCGGGGGCUAUUGUGCCACCACCGCCCCAAACCACUAACCACGACUCACGAACUGUGGUGUGUGAUGUGGACUGUGAGGACCCUCAGGUGUAUGAGUCCAUGUGUAACAUCAAGGCCCAGGCUAGUGCUGCUGAGCCUCUGCCCGCCCUGUCCCUGCCACAGCCGCCCCCAGAGUCCGACUACCUAAUUCCGCCCCCUGCGGUUCCCCUGCACCGUGCGGUAGAGGAGAUCGAGGCAAAGGAUCUGUAUGAGUAUGACUACCCCCGACCCCAGGCUCCCCCGGCCCCCGCCAGGCGCACCCUCUCUGAUGUCACCGGCACCUCGGCCGCCUUCAGCUGCCUCACCAUGGACAGCCCGUCUACCAUGGAUGCCUCUAUGUUUGCAUCAGGUCAGGACCCCGAGCGCCCCCCUAAGCCCCUCCCCCGCAGGGUCAACUCAGACCGGCAGCCCUGCCCCCUCACCCCAGAGGCCCUGCCUGCUGCUGCCAGUCCAUCAGCGGGCUCCCGAGGAGCGUCUGGAGGGUCCGCUCCUGUUCCUGGCGCGGAGCUACCCAUCAACGGGGAGAUAGAACGGCUGAUGAGCCAGGGCUAUUCGUUCCAGGACAUCCAGAAGGCCCUGAUGAUCGCCCAGAACAACCUGGAGACGGCCAAGAACAUCCUGCGCGAGUUUGUCUCCAUCCCCUCCACGGCCCACAUCCUCACGUAGCAGCCGCAGCAUCACACACUAUAUCCUUUACCCACUGUGCCAUAAUGGAUAGCAUUUCUACUGCGCUAGCUGUGACAGGUCUGGAACCGCUGUAUAUUGUAAGGGGAGGAGGACUCACCUUGGUCCCAUGCACAGGCAUCUAGUGAGAUAAUCUAAAGGGUGAGGGAGAAUGCUUCAUGUGGCCUCUGUACGGCCAAGCCUUUGAACCUCACAUGGUCGUUUGUGCUUGCCUCCAGUCUUGUGUGGCUCUAAGCAUUUCCUUGUUUCUGGGUACAGCGUAAAGUAAGUCUAACUUUACACUGUGCUUAGGCUGCAAUGUCUCGCAAGGAAUAGUUUGGGACUUAUUGUGCUGUCGUCGGGGCAUACUUAACUCAUGAUUCCCCCUCCCUCGUACAUUAAUUUUGUAGCUAAAUACAUCAGGUGGAGACAAAAGCAUUUAAUUCUGUGGUUUGUGCUAAAGCUAACGAAUGUGAAUCUUGAAGUUGCAUUGCAGUAUUACAGGGCUCCAUGUCAUACAUUUCACUGUAUUGUAGUAAAUGAAGUAAUGAUUUUUAAAAGUAAGCAUAACUCCAAAUUGCUUUAGUUCCUGGUUUAUUGAUGGUCUUAUAAUAUACAACAGUCUGAAUGAUGUGUCUGUAAUCUUGGAAUGUACAGUAAACGUAUUCAAUGUAGUGCUAACAUUGACGGAUUAACUAACGUGUAACAUUUAUCAUACACUACCGGUCAAAAGUUUUAGAACACCUACUCAUUCAAGGGUUUUUCUUUAUUCUUUACUAUUUUC